AUGGCGGAAAGGGUUGUUCAAGAGAGAUCAAUGCCAAGUUCUGCAUCGUUUUUAAGACAGUUAAGUGCAAAGGAGGCUUGGAAAUCAACAUCAAAUCGGUGGAGUGGGAAAAGCAGAUAUAUUAGUGGCGGGUGUGAAGCAAGUCUGAAUCAAAUGGAAGGGUUUAACAUGUAUGGGAAUGGAGAGUGUGGGAUGACGGGGAGGAAGAGGGUGAUGGUUGUGGUUGAUGGCACUUCACAUUCCAAGCAUGCAAUGAUGUGGGCACUAACCCAUGUAGCUAAUAAGGGUGAUUUGUUGACCCUGCUCCAUGUUGUGCCGCCUCAUAAGGGUUCUGAAUCUUCUUGUUCCACCUAUCUUGUCAACUAUCUUGGGUCCCUUUGCAGAGAUUGCAAGCCAGGGGUGGAAGUGGAAGCGCUCGUAAUCCAAGGACCUAAAGUGGCCACAGUUAUGAGCCAAGUAAAGAAGCUGGAGGUCUCUGUCCUGGUACUGGGCCAAAAGAAGCCUUCUUCUCUCUUAAGCUGUCUUUGUGGAGGCAGCAGCACUAGUACAGAUGAGUUUGUGGAGUAUUGCAUCAAUAACGCUGAGUGCUUGACAAUAGGAGUAAGGAAAAGAAGCCAGGGCACGAAUGGCUACCUCAUCAGCACUAGGUGGCAGAAGAAUUUCUGGCUUUUGGCUUAG